AAAUUGCAAUAAUGCUGGAAACCAUUCAAUCAGUGUAAUGGCGAAGGAAGAAGUAUUUGAGUUCCUCGGGAACGUUCCCCUGCUACAGAGACUUCCUGGUUCGUCUGUACGGAAGAUAUCUGAACUUGUGAUUCUCAAACACUAUGGGCCAGGAGAGUAUGUUGUUCGUGAGGGUGAACGUGGGGAUGGUCUUUACUUCAUUUGGGAUGGAGAGGCUGAAGUUGUUGGCUCUGUUAGCACGGAUGAAGAAAAUCAUCCAGAGUUUCAAUUGAAAAGAUAUGACUAUUUUGGUUUUGGUUUAUCAAAUGCAGUUCACCAUGCUGAUGUUGUAGCUUCGACAAAGCUAUCAUGCUUAGUGCUGCCCCAUGAGCACUCAGCACUGCUGCAGCCAAAAUCUAUCUGGAGUGCAGAAAAAUCUCUUGAUACAUGCUCAGCUGUGGAGCAUAUAUUACAUUUGGAACCCAUAGAGGUAGAUAUCUUCCGAGGAAUCACCCCUCCUGAUGCUCCAAAAUUUGGGAAGGUAUUUGGGGGGCAGAUUGUUGGACAGGCAUUGGCUGCAGCAUCAAAAUCUGUUGACUGUCUCAAAGUUGUUCAUAGCUUGCAUGCCUAUUUUCUUCUCGUGGGGGAUUUUAAUAUACCAAUUAUUUAUCAAGUUUACCGUCUCCGUGAUGGGAAGAGCUUUGCUACAAGGAAAGUGGAUGCAAUUCAGAAAGGAAAUGUCAUAUUCACUUUGCUGGCUUCAUUUCAGAAGGAAGAAUUAGGGUUUCACCACCAGGAAGUGUCUAUCCCAUCAGUCCCUGCUCCAGACACGCUUUUAUCAAUGGAAGAGUUACGGGAGCAACGUCUUACUGACCCUCGUCUUCCAAGAACCUACCGGAACAAGGUUGCUACAACUGAAUUCAUUCCAUGGCCAAUAGAGAUACGAUUCUGUGAACCUAAAGCUUCAACAAAUCAGACCAAAUCUCCUCCUAGCUUGAGAUACUGGUUUAGAGCAAAGGGAAAACUUUCAGAUGAUCCGGCCUUGCAUAGGUGUGUGGUAGCAUAUGCUUCAGAUCUAAUCUUUCUUCAAGUGAGUUUGAAUCCCCACCGCAGGAAGGGCAUGAAGGCACGAGCUGUGAGUCUGGACCACACCAUGUGGUUUCACAGACCUUUAAGAGUUGAUGACUGGGUGCUAUUUGUGAUCUUUAGCCCUAGUGCCUCUAAUGCACGCGGCUCUGUCUCUGGCCAAAUGUUCAAUCAGAAGGGAGAGCUUCUUGUAUCAUUGGUUCAAGAGGGUCUAGUGAGGAAGGUUAAUUCUGCAAAUUCAGCCAUCAAAUCUAAUCUGUGAACAGCUGAAAAUGCACUAGUCUUGUGGGUUUCUUUUUAACUUAUAACUCUCAUAAGCUCCGUUUAGCAUAUUUUGAUAAGUUUUUCAAUAUAAUUUAUCAAAGUAAGCUCUUUUUAACUUAUUUUAAUAAGUUUCAUGGUCAAAUUUAUGGCAUAAGUCCUUGUAUAAAAAAUAUAUACUGAAUAAGUACUUAAUUAUGUACUUAAGCACACAAUAAAACAUUAGUUUCAUUUAAUUUAUGUAGUUGAUUUCACUUAGUGGGAAGAGACUUAGCUGUGGUGGUUAAUCGAAUCAAUUUAAAGAAAACAAGUGAUUACG